AGUCGACAUCUGCGAGUCUUACGUCACUCUUGAAGACUCCGCUUGCGGGUUUCUUGAAGACGGAAUAGAUUUGUCCGUCCGAUGACUGGAACGAGUGACUUCACGAACUUUACGUGAGCGCGCGCUGCAAACGCUUUAAUUUACACACCGAAUACAAUCGCGCGAGUCGAACGGGACCAGAGUGACACGAUAUACGAGUCCGAUGAGAAGCUUGAAGUCCUCGUUUGACCUGCAUGCGAUACACGCUACAUGUUGGGUAAAGGCCUGAAACGGAAGUUGGAGCAGGAGGAAGAGAAUGGCGUGAUGAAGAUGGCUUCCCCUCGGGAAGUGUCGCCCACCUGCUACUGGCUUCAGCGGCAGACCGUGCUCAACCUCUCCCUGCUGAAGCUGCACAGCCAGCCGGGACACACGGACCCAGGCCUGGCCCGCAGGGUGCUCAUCACAAACACGCUCAGGCACAUCCAGGACGAGCUGAGAGGGGAGGAGGGGGUCCUUCUGCCCCCAUCCGUUCCCAGACAGCAGCCCCCUUCAUCCCCCGUUAUAAAGGACAGCUUCACCGCAGCCCUGGCUGAAAUUGAAUCUCUCUGUCCAACAGUGGGAAUAACAGCUUUGUUCUCUACAGAGGCGGCCCGCUCACUCACAUCAGACCAGAACAUGCCAGAUAUCACUAGUAGCACUGACCUGAUUAAUUCAGGUGAAUCGAGAAAUACAGAUCCUGAUCUUUCUGAAAUGCACAGCAGUGUGGACUCACCUAUCACUCUCUCUGACUCCGCCCAGUCAGCAUUUAGCCACACCCCCUCAUUUCUCGGUGAUUUCUCAUUGGACGAUUUCCUGUUCACGGAAAUAGACAACAUCCUGUUCGACAACACCCCCUGCAAUUCAUCCCUGAGCGCGACCUCAGGCACGUCGAGAGUCGUUUCCAUGGUAACGGACGACCUCGUUAAGACGCUCGCUGGUUACGGAAAUGGUGGGACGAGCCAAUCGGCUCUUCCGUCUAAUCAGACUUUCAAACUGGAUCUGAACGAACUGGAUCACAUUAUGGAGGUUUUGGUUGGGUCAUAAUUUGACGUGCAAAUUAUACUUUUUGUACUUGUAUCAGGAAAUAUUAAGGUGAAUUGGUAUGUACAGCAAAAAGGUUACUAUGGCAAUGAGCGUGUAUGUAUAUGUUCAUAUAUUUAUUUUGAUACUGUAGCAGAGGGUGCACAAUGUGAUGUAAUAUAUUGCAGCCAUUUUGUAAUAUCAUUAUAAUGUUAUAAAGUGAUAUUUUAAUACUCUUUUUCUUUUGGAAAUUUAAUAUGAAUUACAUUAUUUUAGUAUUUUAAAUUUUUAAAUAAAAGAAAUUUCAAAAUAAAAUGUCUUUCAGUUUGUACUUUUAAAAUAAACAAGUGCUGUCAAAAUUAGCGCAUGCGAUUAUUUUUUUCAGUUUAGCGCGUUAAAAAUAGCAUAUUUAACGCAACAUCCGUUUUUUCCGUCAUAAUUUAGUUAGCGUUACAUUACAUGUUCUUAUUCACGCAAAUGCUUUUAAACCAUUCAAGCGCCACAAGACAAACGAGAACGCGCUGUCUGUGAAUGUUGUGUCAUGUGACACACACGACACGUGUGCACAGAAAGACGCGCGCCAUUAUCGAGUUCUCUUUCGCGCUUGAACAAACAGUAACACACAGAAGUAUGACAAAAUGCCCGUUUUGUCGAGUAUCCUCAUAAGAGCAGUCUUAAAUGAGUUAAGCAACGUCUAAAAUGAACAAAGAGUUGUGAGAAAAUUACAUGUGCGUCAUGUUCGGCAGCGGCAGCUCUUAAAGUCACAACAGCCUAAUAAACCAGUUGCUGUGAUGUCUGUCAUUAAUGAUAAUAAAAGAACAAAGGUAACAGAAAACUGUUGCUUUAAUAAGGAUUAAUCUAUAUUGUAGACUGUAAAGUGUUUAAUAACUUUAUUCAAUUUCUGUAUAUUUCUGUAGGCGCAGGUAAAUAUGACAUUUUUAUAAUGGGUUUAUGUGAAGAUUGUUUUAAGUUCACUUAAAUUAAAAGUUAUUUUUUUUAAAGCCUAAUAAAUGUUGAAAUUGAUAGCUUUUAGUUAUAUUGUAAUGUUGAAUGUCUAUAAUUAACGUUAAAAAAAUCAAUUUCGUAGAGACGUCAGUAGCAGUAUUAGUAUCAGUGAUACUGGCCUUCAUUCAUAAAAAGAUGCCAUUAACAAAUAUUUUAAAUAUACUGUCUUUAAGAUGUUUCUACAUUAAUAUGGAGAGUAACUGAAAUUAUUACGAUUAAAAACAUUGGAGUAUUUAAUAUUUGUAUAUUGUGAUUAAUCGCGAUUAAUUACAGAAAAAAUGUGUGAUUAAUUCGUUAAUUUUUUUUAAUUGACAGCACUAAAACAAACCAAUGAAAUACAGACAUGUGACAAGAUUUCACACCAAAACAGCAUUUUCUCUUAAAUUAUUUUAAUUUCUUGUGUACACUUAAAGAAAAUUUACACACUAGUUUGUUUGUUUUUUCAAAGAACCCAGGCAUGCGCGAUUGACCUCGGUACAGGCUCUUUAGAGAUAUCAUUCAUCUGUAUGAGUUUUCCAUAGGAAUUUUCCCAUAACAAUUUUUACAUGUUCCAUAGUUUGACUGUACACAGUCCGAAGCCACAGUUAACUAUGUAAGCAGUUCUUCCGUAUAUCUUUACAAUGUGCAAAAUCCUCCAGGAGACAGAAUAAACAAUGACACACAAAAAAAAAAAAGUACUGGGAGAAAAAAAAGCCAAAAGAUGGGAAACGCUUUGCGGAUGUUUCUGGUGAACAUUUCCCAUCAUGCACUCCUGGCGUACAAGACCACACUGUGAUUGCAGACGUCCUCCAAAAAGAGUCGCUUAGGAUUUGGCAGAUUAAAUAAAA